UGCUUCAUAAACAACCUCAACGAGACCAAAUAUGUUGCCGUCCGUUCUGCCUUCAUUGUUUGGUUUCGCGGACGAACGUGGUGACGAAUACAGUUGUUGGCAUACGUCGGGCCUAACGUCGUUUUGGCGGAUACUGACCUCCCCACUUUUCAAGGAUUAAAUGAUACCGUGGUCGUCAAGCAAAGUAAAACGAGCUAUGUGAAAGAUUUCAUGGGCAGGCAACUGCAUCUGCCGUCGUCAAUACCGCUCCAAAAUCUCCAGUGAUAGACGUGUGCUUCGUCACAUCAGUGCUUACCAAGUUUGUAAAGGAAUGAAGCCCCCGGUGUUCAGCCUUCCGCGCCACACCGACGAGCCCAGCCUGUGGGGUCCCCUGGCAACCACAGUGGUUGGCCUGUGCUUUAGCUUGUGCGGCACGGUGGCCUUCGUGGUCGGCUUCGUGUGGCUCCGGUACCAGCCCGUGUGGGUGGCCGGGGUACUCCUGUUCGCGCUCAGCCUUGUAGCCAUUUGCUCUGGCAUGCUGGCCUACAAGACGCAGGUGGACCGCUUCAGGCACGAGACGCAGAACCAGCACUAUGCCACACCCUACGGGCGACUGCACGCGGAGGACGACGAAGCAGGUCCCUCCCGUCAGGCUGCUGAAGUCAAGUCUGGUCGCUCGGGUCCGUCUAAUGCCCCACCCUCCACAAUCAUCCUCGAAGACACGGCUGGCUGGAACGGAACAGCACCACAGUCGCAUAAUUUGCACGCUUGUGGCGUCGCUGUUCACAUCUAGGCACCAUGAUGCCUUCAUCAUGUAGACGCUGACAUCUACGAGGCGGCUCCGGUGCAGAUUGAACAGCUCUUCGCGUGGUGGCUGUUAUCGUCGAUGCCUUUCAGGUUAUCGGCUAUGUCUCGACUUUAAGGCCGAUAUGCAGUGUUUAGUGAGAGCAGCGCCGUCGCCAGACGCAGGUAGAGGCUCUUUUACACAAAGUAGCAGGGAUACACGAAUAUUCGAAACAUCCUCGAAUGAAUCGAAUAUUGUGCUAUUUAGUUCGGUCCGCGAGUGCAAUAGUCGUGGCUCGCGAAUUAUAGUGCUUUUCCAAAAGUUUUCGAAUAGUUUACACCAUCAAGUGAGCAGAAUCACAAAUGAAACUGAGAAAAUAUUAUGAUAGCUUUCACUAUACAGUGAGCAUAAUAAAUCACGAAAAGUUACCUAAUGGAGCAUUGUGCGUCGUUCAGGGAGCUCAACAGUUCUGGCUGAACCCGCAGUAUCAUUCGCACUGAAACUUUUCAUCACCAUCGCAUUCAAAGGAUCAAUUUGUUUCGCAUUAUUUAGGGGCACGGCACGUGCUUGUUAAGGCUCCCGGUGUCGCGCAAGGUGAGGGAGACCUGAACUGAAGGCCCCACCCAUCGAGCGAGGAAUUCCAACUAAUUUUAAAAAUAAAAAUGAUCUCUCUCUCUUACUGGAAUAAAUUGGAAAUACGCAGCAUCACAA